CCUACCACCAACAAAUAAAAGAUUUGGGAACCUUAACCCUAAAUCAAAACGACAGUGACAGGGGACUAGAGGAGGAAGACGCAGAAUGCAGACAGAGACAUAUCUUCCUUUUGAGUUAAUCAUUCAAAUCCUAUUAAGGUUACCAGUCAAGUCUCUUAUUCGUUUCAAAUGCGUUUGUAAGUUAUGGUUAUCUCUUAUAUCUCAACCUCACUUUGCAAAUUCACAUUUUCAACUUACCACCGCUACACACACGAAUAGAAUUAUGUUGAUAACUCCAUAUCUUCAAUCUCUAUCUAUAGAUCUUGAAUUAUCGCUUAACGAUGAUAGUGCUGUAUAUACAACGGACAUUAGUUUUUUGAUUGACGAUGAAGAUUACUAUAGUUCUUCUUCGUCGGACAUGGAUGAUUUGUCGCCUCCCAAAUCUUUUUUUAUACUUGAUUUUAAAGGUUCGUGUAGAGGCUUUAUACUUUUGAACUGUUACUCAAGCCUCUGUAUAUGGAAUCCAUCCACCGGAUUUCACAAACGAAUACCUUUUACUACAAUUGAUUCCAAUCCAGAUGCAAAUUAUUUCUAUGGUUUUGGGUAUGACGAGUCAACAGAUGAUUACUUGGUGAUUUCAAUGUCCUAUGAACCGAGUCCGAGCUCAGAUGGUAUGCUAUCUCACUUGGGAAUUUUCUCAUUGAGAGCUAAUGUGUGGACCAGAGUUGAGGGUGGUAACCUUUUGCUUUAUUCACAGAACAGUCUUUUAAACUUAGUAGAGUCGCUCUCAAAUGGGGCUAUUCACUGGUUGGCUUUUCGUAAUGAUAUAUCAAUGCCUGUUAUUGUUGCCUUUCAUUUAAUUGAAAGGAAACUUCUAGAGUUGCGUUUGCCAAAUGAGAUAAUCAAUGGUCCUAGCAGGGCGUAUGAUUUAUGGGUGUAUAGAGGAUGUCUCGCUCUAUGGCAUAUUUUGCCUGAUAGAGUUACAUUUCAAAUAUGGGUGAUGGAAAAAUACAAUGUGCAAUCCUCUUGGACUAAGACUCUUGUCCUGUCUUUUGAUGGCAAUCCUGCUCACUCCUUUUGGCCGAAAUACUAUACAAAAAGUGGUGAUAUCGUUGGAAGAAACAUGCGUUGUGCAUUGGCCAAGUAUAAUGACAAAGGACAGCUGCAAGAACAUCACUCCUACUGUGACAGUCAAUAUGUAUCCCCAGUGGUUAUGUAUACAGAAUCUCUGCUUUCAAUUCCUGGUGGUGACAGUGGUCAAGUUUAAGAAGAUGACAGAACCAAGAAGAAUGAGGUUUUGAAGUAUUCUUCUUCACCAUUUUCAUGAUCUUUAUAAUUAUAUUGUAUUAUGGACUCUUGAGUAGCUGCAUUUGUAGGGUAAUAUAUGUUUGAUCGCAUUUGUAAUAUGAUCCAGUAUGGCACAAGAGCUGAUAAAAUAUUAUGUCAUGAAAUGUUUAUUGGUCAGACAUUUGUAUUGUGUUUAAUCGAAAAUGUUGACUGCUUUGUUUCUAUGAUUCUA